AUGCUGCAUUUGGCCCUGCCCACCUAUGGAAUAGAAAGCAAAGAACACUUAGGGGCUCUAUGGGCUGCUGGCCUGCUCAGCAAAGAUUCCCCAAGAGCUGAGAGCACGCUUCCCCUGGCAUUCGUGGCUGCCAAGUACUUUGCCACAGCGUGUUCAUAUUUUCCUGCUUCCCUGCCAACACUGCUACCGCUGCACCCUAACGGGGGCCCUGCGUUCCUUGUCCCUCUGUCCUCGGCGUUCCCCGCCUCCUCCAGCGUGCCACCCACUGCCACCUACACGUUGGCAAACCACAGAUUUCUAGUCCAGAAACAACCUGUUUAUCUGUUCGAAUCUCAUAAGUACCCUUCCAUCCCAGGUCUGACGGAGAUGGCAGUCUUCAGCUGUGAGGCCCACAAUGACAAAGGGCUGACAGUGUCCAAGGGCGUGCAGGUCAACAUCAAAGCAAUCCCCUCCCCACCCACUGAAGUCCACACCCUUAGCAGUACUGCACACGGCAUCCUGGUCUCCUGGGUCCCAGGUUUUGAUGGCUACUCCCCGUUUCAGAACUGCAGCGUUCAGGUCAAGGAAGCGGACCCGCUGAGUAAUGGCUCAGUCAUGAUUUUUAACACCUCUGCCUCGCCACAUCUGUAUGAAAUCCAGCAGCUGCAAGCCCUGGCUAAUUACAGCAUCGGUGUGUCCUGUCGGAACGAAAUUGGCUGGUCUGCAGUAAGCCCUUGGAUUCUGGCCAGCACCACCGAAGGAGCUCCAUCAGUAGCACCUUUAAAUGUCUCUGUGUUUCUGAACGAGUCUAACAAUAACGUGGAUAUCAGAUGGAUGAAGCCUCCGAUUAGACGGCAGGAUGGGGAGCUCCUGGGCUACCGGAUAUCUCACACGUGGGAGAGCGUGGGCACUUCCAAAGAGCUUUCUGAAGAAGUCGGCCAGAAUGGCAGCUGGGCUCAGAUUCCUGUGCAAAUCCACAACGCCACCUGCACAGUGAGGAUUGCGGCCAUCACUAAAGGGGGCAUUGGACCCUUCAGUGAGCCAGUGAAAGUCAUCAUUCCUGAACACAGUAGGGUCGAUUACGCGCCCUCAUCAACUCCAGCGCCUAGCAACACUGAGUCUGUGCUCAUCAUCCUCGGCUGCUUCUGUGGAUUUGUUUUCAUUGGGUUGAUUUUGUAUAUUUCUCUGGCCAUCAAAAGAAGAGUACAGGAAACAAGGUUUGGGGAUGCAUUCUCUGAGGAGGACUCCCGAUUAGUCAUGAAUUACAACGCAAAGAGGUCCUUCUGUCGGCGAGCCAUUGAGCUUACCUUGCACAGCUUGGGGGUGAGCCAGGAGCUGCAAAAUAAACUGGAAGAUGUUGUGAUUGACAAAAAUCUUCUAGUUCUUGGGAAAAUCCUGGGUGAAGGAGAGUUCGGGUCUGUAAUGGAAGGAAAUCUGAAGCAGGAAGACGGGACUUCUCAGAAGGUGGCAGUGAAGACCAUGAAGCUGGACAACUUUUCUCAACGGGAGAUCGAGGAGUUUCUCAGCGAAGCAGCGUGCAUGAAAGACUUCAAUCACCCAAACGUCAUCCGGCUUCUAGGCGUGUGUAUAGAAAUGAGCUCUCAAGGCAUCCCAAAGCCUAUGGUGGUUUUGCCCUUCAUGAAAUAUGGAGACCUCCAUACCUUCCUGCUAUAUUCUCGGAUAGAAACUGGACCCAAGCACAUCCCCCUACAGACAUUGCUGAAGUUCAUGGUGGACAUUGCCCAGGGGAUGGAGUAUCUGAGCCACAAGAAUUUUCUUCACCGGGAUUUAGCAGCUCGAAACUGCAUGUUGCGGGAUGACAUGACUGUCUGUGUGGCGGACUUUGGCCUCUCUAAGAAGAUUUACAGUGGUGAUUAUUACCGCCAAGGCCGCAUUGCCAAAAUGCCUGUGAAGUGGAUUGCGAUAGAGAGCCUGGCAGACCGAGUCUACACAAGCAAAAGCGACGUGUGGGCUUUCGGCGUGACCAUGUGGGAAAUAGCGACACGGGGGAUGACUCCCUAUCCUGGCGUGCAGAACCACGAGAUGUACGAAUAUCUUCUCCACGGCCACCGACUGAAGCAGCCAGAGGACUGCCUGGAUGAGCUGUAUGACAUCAUGUACUCUUGCUGGAGUGCUGAUCCCUUGGACAGACCCGCCUUCUCACUGUUGAGGCUGCAGCUAGAAAAGCUCCUGGAGAGUUUGCCUGACGCACAGGACAAAGACUCCAUCAUCUACAUCAAUACCCAGUUGCUAGAGGGCUGCGAGGGCCUGGCCGACGGUCCCUCGCUCGCCGGGCUAGACAUGAACAUUGACCCAAACUCCAUCAUUGCGUCCUGCACUCCCAGCACCGCCAUCAGCGUGGUCACGGCGGAAGUUCACGAGAACAACCUUCAUGAGGAAAGAUACAUCUUGAAUGGGUGCGAUGAGGAGUGGGAAGAUGCAGCCUCCACUCCUUUUGCUGCGGUCGCACACGGAAAGGACGGGGUUUUAUCAGAGGACAAACUCACCAAAAAUGGCGUCUCCUGGUCUCACCGCAGUACGCUGCCCUUGGGGAGCCCAGCACCAGAUGAGCUUUUGUUUGUAGACGACUCCUCAGAAGACUCUGAAGUCCCGAUGUGAGGCCAGCUGGGUGGAGACGUGACAGAACCAAGCAAACGCUGCUUCCUGCAAUUGGUUGUCUCAAUCACUUUACUAUUGCUGUGAUGAAACAUCAUGACCAAUGCAACCUUUAAAAGACAGGGUUUGAUUGGGUUUACAGUUUCAGAGGGUAAGAGUCCGUGAUUGUAGAAGGAAGGCGUGGUGGCAGGAACAGCUGAGAGCUCGCAUCUUAAAUGGCAAGCAGAAGACAGAGAGCACUCUGGGAAAUGGCACCAGUCUUUUGAAACCUCAAAGCCGGCUCCCAGUGGCAAAUCUCCUCCAACAAGGCCACACCUCCCAGAGUCCUUCCUGGACAGUUCCACCAACUGGAGACCAAGCACUCAACUGGGGGCCGUUCUCAUUCAAACCGCUACACUGAUGCCUUGGUAUUUGUUUUCCUUACCAAGUAAAGUCUAUGGCCCUGACAGCACCAGGUAAAUGCUGUCAAGUCAGUUUUCACCAUAAUUACAUAACCAGGGUCUGGAGAGAUGGCUUUUUAUAGCGAUUUCUUUUAUAGGGUUGCCAGGAACUAAAUUGUGUAGCUCA